AUGUGGCACAAUCCCUACCAUCCUCGUAAAGUAGGCACAAAUCUCCAUCAACUCGCACUCUCCCUCCUACUUUAUGAGGAUGGUGGGGAACCCAGUGAGGCAUCUGAGUCCAUUUCAAGGACGGACGAUUCUAGGCCGACUACUUCAAUACAACUGAAGAUUUGGCUGAUUGGUUCGAGAACAGUUGCACGCUUUAAUACUGACCAUACUGUUGGGGAUAUAAGGGCCUUUAUUGACAACAUGCAGCAAGCAGUGAAGAGCAGCUCCGCCUUCUUAUACGUUGCAGGGACUGUUGGGUUUCCACCCAAGAAGCUUACUGAUGCUACCCAGACUAUCGAGCAAGCUGGCCUUACCAAUUCGGUGGUGAUUCAAAAACUCUAA